AUGUAUAAUGACCCGUUGGAGCCGUGUAUUAUUCAAGGUGAGGAUGAUGAUGAAGAUGACCCCAUUAGAGUUGAGCAAGUAGCCCAUCUAAAGGCUAUUGAGUUCAUGGUUCGAAAUAAGACGUUUGAGAAGAUUGAUAGAGGUAAAGAAACGAGACUAAAGCCCUCCAUUGAGGAUCCACCUAACUUGGAAUUGAAAACUUUACCGUAA